ACACUUCCGGGCUGACAGUCUGUGCUGCUGCUGACCCGAACCGAACUGGCCACGAGCAGAGCCACCCGGACCAGAGGCAUGUGGAGGUGGCGUUGUUUUCGAUGAAGUGAUGACCUUCCAUGCCGCUCCUCGUGCCCUCAUGACCACUUCAGUCCAGCAGCACCGUUAAAGCUCCAGUGCUGAACAUGGAGAGUGUGUGCAGCAGCAGUGUGGUAUCCCGCGGCGACCUGCCCGUGUGCAUAAACAGCGGAGCGCCCGUGUCUGUGUGCAGCGACCUGUUCAAACCCAAGAAGGGAAUCUCAGACGUCAGGAGGACCUUCUGCCUUUUCGUCACCUUCGACCUGCUCUUCAUCUCUCUGCUCUGGAUCAUCGAGCUCAAUGGCAGUGGAGACAUUCUGCAGCAGCUCACAGAGGAGGCGCUCCACUAUGACUUCCACCACUCUUUCUUUGACAUAUUUCUCCUGGCCGUGUUCAGGUUCGGCGCUCUCAUCCUGUCCUACGCCGUGUGCCGCCUGCACCACUGGGCCGCCAUAGCAAUCACCACCACUGUCAGCUGUGUCUUCCUCAUUGUCAAAGUUCUUCUGUCUAAGCUGCUGACCCUGGGCGCAUUCGGGUAUCUCCUCCCCAUCUCCUCCUUCGUCCUGGCAUGGAUCGAGACCUGGCUGCUGGACUUCAAAGUGCUGCCCCAGGAGGCCCAGGACCAGGCCUGGUUUGCAGGAGUGAUGAGUGGAGCAGAACAAGCCCCUCUUCUCGGCCCCGGGCCCAUGUCAGAUGGACAGUUCUACUCUCCUCCAGAGUCUGUGGCAGAUUCUGACGAGGAGCUGGACGACAAACAUGAAGUCGAGAAAGGUCUCCUCUGCCCUGGGACCUAACACGGGUCCUGUCUUGUCUCAGGGGUCAAGUGGGGGCCUGGCCCAGCAUCUCUCGAAUGGACCUCAGGACUCAGGCAGAACUUUUUUUAUUUUAUUAGAUCUUAACUGAAACAAACAAAUGCACUUACCACAUGAAGGAACUGUCACUGGUUUGAACCGUGUUUUAACAGUGGACUUGGGGAUUCCAAUGCAACAAAAGAAAUUAUCAAUCAAGAUUUGGCUGUCUAAUUUUUUUAAGUCCCCAUUUUUAUCUGUAAAACUGUUAUAACAAGUGAGGUGUAGCAUUGCAUCUCCUGUUAAAUGUGACUUUGGAAUGUUUAGAUGAUUUUAUAUAUUUUCUGUACUUUUUAUAUGAUUUUGCACAUGAUUUUGUUGAAUUUAUUUCUUGUUUUAAAGUCACUUUUGCCUCAACUUCACGUGAACGUUUUAUCAUUAUAAAUCUCAAGUAAAGGACAUAUUCUGUGGCCAGUAUUUAUUUUAAUAUGAAUUUAAUAUGUGUUCCUAUUGUUCUGUGGGCUUUCCGUUGUCCCACAUCAGCCUAACCUCCAGCCUGUUACUACUACGAGCCUAACCCAAGAACUGGAGAUGGGUCCCUGGACAAAUUCCAUAUUAAAGAGAAUGAAGUGUAUAACCACAGAGCUAACCUGAACUAACAUGUGAAAGCAUUGCAACACGUGGCUAUGCUGAUGACCAUAAUUUUGCAGAUCAGUAACUGUUGGAGAGUUUGAAGUUUGGGUUCAUUCAUGUCCACUCUGCUUUAUAACAUAAAGACACCAAAGCUA